UUUCUUUCUUCCUUCUCCCCCUCAAAUUUUGAUUUUUGCCAUUUUGGGUUUCUCGAACACUCAUCGAUCACUCUCGCCACUCGAUGUAUAUUUGUAAGCUUGGAUCCUGUAGUUUUCUCGAAUUUAAAUAGCUUGGUCGAACCUGUUUCAAGCAUUUGUCUGUCAAUCGCAUUGGUAUAGUCAUGUGUUCUUCUCUAGUUCCUCAUGGUAAAAGGUUGGUCCAGUUUCAGAAAGGGCGUGACUUUAGUGUUUCAGUGAAGCUUUUGCAAAAUGUAUUCUCUGUUUUUUCCAAUUCAUUCUCUUCUGUUGCUACUGCUGCUGAUGUGAGCUUUAGAGAUAGUCGAAAAGGUAACAACUUUACUGUCUCUUACCUCGUUGAUUCAUUGGGUUUAGCUUCAAAGCUCGCAGAAUCGAUCUCGAUGAAAGUCAGUUUCGAGAACAAGGGCAAUCCUGAUACAGUUCUGAAUCUUCUUAGAAGUCAUGAGUUCACAGAUUCUCAGAUCUCCAGCAUCAUUUCGGAUUAUCCAACAUUGCUUGUAGCAGAUGCUGAAAAUUCACUUGGUCCCAAGCUUCUGUUGAUGCAGUCUAGAGGAGCUUCAAGCUCUGAGCUCACUGAGAUUGUUUCUAAAGUUCCUAAAAUCUUAGGAAUGAAAGGGGACAAAAGUAUCGGCAGAUACUAUGAUAUCGUCAAAGAGAUUAUAGAAGCGGAUAAGAGCUCCAAGUUCGAAAAGCUGUGUCAUUCUUUGCCUGAGGGUAGUAAGCAGGAGAAUAAAAUCAGGAAUGUAUUGGUUUUGAGAGAUUUGGGUGUGCCUCAAAGGUUGUUAUUCUCAUUGCUCUUCUCUAAUCACCAUGUCUGCUGUGGAAAAGAAAAGUUUGAAGAAUCACUCAACAAGGUUGUUGGGAUGGGUUUUGAUCCCACCACUCCAAAGUUUGUGGAAGCUUUAUGCAUUGUUUACGGAUUGAGCGACAAAAGACUAGAAGAAAACUUCAAUGUCUACAAGAGAUUUGGCUUAACUGUAAACGAUGUAUGGGAACUUUUCAAGAAGUGCCCUGCCUUUCUUGGAUACUCUGAGAAUAGGAUAAUUCAGACAUUUGAAGCCUUAAAGAGGUGUGGUCUGUGCGAAGAUGAGGUAUUGUCAGUGUUCAAGAAGAAUCCACUAUGCUUACGUGCUUCAGAGCAGCAGAUAUUGAACUCCAUGGAAACAUUUAUAGGCUUAGGAUUCAGCAGAGAUGAGUUUGUCAUGAUGGUCAAGUGCCUUCCUCAGUGCAUUGGAUAUUCUGCAGAGAUGGUGAAGAAGAAGACUGAGUUUGUGGUGAAGAAGAUGAAUUGGCCACUUAAGGUCAUUACUUUGUUCCCUCAGGUACUUGGAUAUAGCAUGGAGAAGAGGACUGUCCCAAGGUGUAAUGUAAUCAAAGCUCUCAUGUCCAAAGGAUUGCUUGGAAGCGAACUCCCUCCAAUGGCGUCUGUUUUGGCAUGUACCGAUCAGACCUUCUUAAAAAGGUAUGUGGUUGAGCAUGAUGAAAAGCUGGUGCUUGAGUUGAUGUCUAUCUUCAACCAAGACCGUGUCUCAUAGCAUAGAGAGCUUGUGUCAAGGAUUUUGCUUUUAUUAAUUAAUUUUAGACUUUUGUAAUCUCAAUUUGACAUUAUAUGAAAUGUGCUCAUAAAUUUCUAUGAAUUGUUGUUAUUGUCAUUAUAAAUAGACUCUAGUAAAUCAUUACUAAAUUAGAAAGAAAGUUUUUGAGAACUCUUGUUUUCAGGUGAUUGUGAAUUUGUUGGGUUAAUUUUAGACUUUUAUGUUGUGUUUCGUGACAUGAGCAAUUUUGUAUUUUGUGGAGUUUUUGUCGAUUCUUGUGUCUCGUGGCGUGUGAAAUUUUUUAGUUUGAGAGUGGAGUGUUUGUUUUGUUUAAUUGCUUCUUGUUCUGUAUUUGUGAUUGUGUUGAG